ACCAGCCCACCGAAAUUGGCCAUCCAUGGGAAUGAUUAGUGAACAAAUACAACUCACCUUCUCUACCACCUCCUUCCAAACUCCAAAUAUAUAUUUCUAAUUUUCUAUAAACCAAUUUCAACCUUUGGCAGUUCAUUCGCUACAACAGAAGAAAUCGAAUUUCUGCAAUAAGAGAGACAAAAAUGGGAAUUCUAAGCGCAAUGACUGGUCAAAAAAAUAAGUCCAUCAUCAACAACAACAACAGCAGCCAAUCUAUAUUGAUUCCUGCUCCUCUUGAAGCACACCAAAUUAAAGCCGAAUGUGCUCGAGAGGCAACUCGAGCUGGAUUUAAAGCGGCUGCAAUUGCUUCUGUUAUUGCUACUGUUACUGUGAUAGGUGGUUGUCGAGUCAACCCAUGGGCGAAGGCCAACCUUAAUUAUAGUGCACAGGCACUCCUUAUAUCUGCAGCAACCAUUUCUUCUUACUUCAUUACCGCUGACAAAACUAUUCUGGAAUGUGCUACAAGACAUGCAAAAUAUGAUGCUUCAAAAUAUGAAUAAUUGAGCUUGCGUCGCAAAUUGCUAUCAGAUUCUCCAAGUGAAAACAUCCUGUAUGAAGUAAUCUGAUUAGCAUGUUUUGUAAUGGUACUACCGUCAAGCCAGAAGUUUAUUGUGAAGGAAAAUUGGCCUGUCAAUACCAGCCUUUGUUGUAAAGUUUAGUUAAACUACAGAAGAUGAUUUUUGAUGUUAUUUUUCUAGGCAUGCCUAUCGUGUUGUUGCUGGGAUUGGUAAUGCUUGUUUGUUUAGACAUCAAAAGCCUCUGUACGCGAUUGACGAUUAUUAUUUGGUGUAAUGCUCAAGACUUGAGUUGAUCAGAAUGCAACUUCUCCCUUAUACUACAUUCUUUGUAAGUCGCAACAUUUGAAGUUUCAUGUUUGCUAAUGCA